AUGUGCAUGAUCUCAUAUCACAUGAUAAUUGAUACCCAGAACCACCUUGCCACUAGUGCUGCCCUGACUCAACCACCCAACAUGAACAAGAGCGCCAGGACAUGCAACUGCAGCUGUGCUAUUGUUUGGGAUGUUGGGCACAUAGCUGCGCUGCUGACUUAUCCUUCAAACAUGUGCUUGACCAUGAACAUGACUGGAUGUCCCUUGACCAAGAAUGCGAGUGUGACUGACCACAGCCACAAGACCACAUGGGAGUAUGUGUGCCCAGCUGAGAACCACAAACUUUGCAGAUGGGUCUGGAAUGUCAGAGGAGAUGUGAGCAAGCUGUGGCAGGUGGGGAAGUAUGCACCUGCAACUGACGAGGCAAUGAGAUAUCAGACAGUUCAGGGGAAAAAAUCAACAAAGCAGCAGAUGGAAAGUUACCUAUUCAAUAUUGUUGUCACCACCAAAUGUCCAUUUGUGUGUGGCAGGGUAUAUUCAGAGGCCUGUGAAUGCAUGAGCAGGACCCACAAUGAGGCUUGUGAGAGCAUGAGCAGGGCCCACAACAGUGGGUAUCCACACACAUGCACCACAUGGGACCAGCACAUGCAAGCAGGGGAUUAUUCAUUAUGUGUUGUGUGGAAUUACAUUACAUUCACUAGUCAUGAAAUCAUCUUGGGUGGGUUGGCAGGCAAAGGACAGAAGUUCAGAUUUGGUGUAUCCUGGUCAUUGCAGUACUUAUGCCUGAUUUUCCUUGUCUUCCUCAUCUUCAUUUGCCUCUGCCAUUUCCUUGUCCUCAUGAGUCACCUCCAGUAUAGUUCUUCGCAAUGUUGUUUGUGUGACACCUGGAGUAGCCCAUGGAAGCUACCUUAG